AUGCGGGCCUUCGGACCUACGCUUGCCACACUGCUGUCGCUCUCCUCGCUGACCACUGCCGCCUUGACGCUCGAUGUCGAUGAUCCAAAUAGCAUCAAGUCUGCUGCCAGCACCAUCGCCUACGGUCUGAUGAGAUCCUACACGGGCAACCAGACCGGCCAGAUCCCCGGCUACCUGCCUCAGCCAUACUAUUGGUGGGAGGCAGGCUCAAUGUUCAUGACAAUGGUAGAGUACUGGUACAGCACCGGCGACGCCACGUACAACGACGUCACCUCACAGGCCUUGCUCUUCCAGGUUGGAGAAAACAAGGACUUCAUGCCCACAAACCAGACCAAAGACGAGGGCAAUGAUGAUCAAGUCUUCUGGGCCUUUGCUGCUCUCUCCGCCGCCGAACUCGGUUUCCCCAACCCACCAGCCGAUCAACCGCAAUGGCUGGCAUUGGCCCAAGCCGUCUUCAACACGCAAGCCGCGCGCUGGGAUCGCACCUCGUGCGGCGGCGGCCUCCGCUGGCAGAUAUUCACCUUCAACGACGGCUACGACUACAAGAACGCCAUCUCCAACGGCGGCUUCUUCCAGCUCUCGGCGCGCCUGGCACGCUACACGGGCAACGCCACUUACGCCGACUGGGCGGAGCGCAUGUGGGACUGGCUGGCGCAGUCGCCGCUGCUGGACACCAAGACUUCGCCAACAAAAUACACAGUCAACGACGGCACGUCGACGACAACAAACUGCAGCUCGGCCGACCGCCUGCAGUGGACGUACAACUACGGCACCCUCGUCUCGGGAGCCGCAUACAUGUACAACCACACCAACGGCACCGCCGCGUGGGAGACGCGCCUGUCGGCCUUGCUCAACGGCACCUACGACACCUUCUUUCCCCAGCAAUAUUCGGCGGGCACCAUCAUGUCGGAAAUCACGUGCGAGCAGGGCCAGACGUGCGACAAUGACCAGCCGUCGUUCAAGGCGUACCUCGCACGCUGGAUGGCCGUCGCCGCGCAGCUCGCCCCCUUUACCGCCGCCGCCAUCGCUCCCCGCCUCCGCGCCAGCGCCCUGGGCGCCGCCAAGCAGUGCGCCGGCGGCGAGGGCGGCAUCAUGUGCGGCAGACGCUGGUAUCAGGACACGUGGGACGGCUUUCAGGGCAUCGGCGAGCAGAUGAGCGCGCUGAGCGUCGUGCAAGCGAACAUGCUAUUUAUAAACAAUGGCACCGAUGGUGCGGAUACGCCGAAGCCACCGUUGAGCGCGGAUACAGGUGGCAGUAGCAAGGGCGAUCCGAGCGCCGGGACGGGGAGCGGCGUUGCGCAGCCGAGGGUAGAUAUGGUGACGACAGCGGACAAGGCGGGGGCGGCGAUUUUGACCGUCGGGGUGGUGAUCCUAACGGUGGGUGGGGCUUUGUUUAUGGUGCUCGGCGUUUAA